GGCUCUGGGCUCCGGAAGCGGCCGUGGUGCCCGCGGAGCCGUUUCCUGCCCGGGACGCGGCGGAGCCGGAGUGGAACGGAGCGGAGCGGAGCCAUGACUCACCAGACCGGCAUCCACGCCACCACGGAAUUAAGGGACUUUUUUGCCAAAGCCCGAAACGGUUCAGUUCGGCUCAUCAAGGUCAUCAUUGAGGACGAACAGCUUGUGCUGGGGGCCCACAAAGAGCUGUCCCGGCGCUGGGAUACUGACUACGAUGCCUGCGUGCUGCCCUUGCUGGACGAGCAGCAGCCGUGCUACAUGCUGUACCGCCUGGACAGCCAGAAUGCCCAGGGCUAUGAGUGGCUCUUCAUCUCCUGGUCCCCCGACAGCUCCCCGGUCCGGCUGAAGAUGCUGUACGCUGCUACCAGAGCAACGGUGAAGAAGGAGUUUGGUGGGGGGCACAUAAAGGAUGAGAUGUUUGGGACGGUGAAGGAGGAUGUGUCCCUGAGCGGUUACCAAAAGCAUGUGUCAUCCUGCUCUGCCCCAGCCCCACUGACCGCAGCCGAGCAGGAGCUCCAGCAGAUCCGCAUCAAUGAGGGUCAUACGGCCCAGGACCAACCUUCCCUGGCCUCCAGCAGAGCCAGGGUACACCUGCAUCCCCUGGCAUGCCUGUGUGUCCCCUACCCCUUCUCGUUCCACACGAGACCCUUCAUCAUGCGCGGGGUGCUGCUGACAGUGUGUCUGCUCUCCCCACGCUCGCAGGAUUCCUGUUCCCAGGACUCCAGCACCGAGAUGAUGGUGGGGGGCUGCUGCUGCUGCCCAUCGCUGGUAGAGUACCCUGGCCCCGAGGAGGUGAAGACUGAGAUCAGUGUGGAGAGCAAGCACCAGACCCUGCAGGGCCUGGCCUUCCCCUUGCAGUCGGAUGCUCAGCAAGCCAUCCAGGCGCUCAAGCAGAAGAAAAUCAACUACAUCCAACUGAAGCUGGAUCUGGAGCGGGAGACCAUUGACCUGGUGCAUACAAGCCCCACGGAGAUCGCUGACCUGCCCAAGAGGAUCCCCCAGGACUCUGCUCGCUACCAUUUCUUCCUGUACAAGCACUCACACGAGGGAGACUACCUGGAGUCUGUCGUCUUUAUCUACUCCAUGCCUGGGUACAAAUGCAGCAUCAAGGAGCGCAUGCUCUACUCCAGCUGCAAGAGCCGGUUGCUGGACACUGUGGAGCAAGAGUUUUGCCUGGAGAUAGCCAAGAAGAUUGAGAUCGACGAUGGAGCUGAGCUGACAGCAGAGUUCCUGUACGAGGAGGUGCACCCCAAGCAGCAUGCGUUCAAGCAGGCCUUCGCCAAGCCCAAGGGGCCCGUGGGGAAGCGGGGACAGAAGCGGCUGAUCAAGGGGCCGGGUGAGAACGGCGAGGACAGUUAGAUCCCGCAGGAUCGGGUGGUGAAGGACAGCAUCCCUGCAGCGCUGCCCAGCUUCCUGUCCGCUGACCGGGGGAUCCUUCCCUCCAUCUCAGCCUCGGUUUUCUUCCCUUUCUUUUUUCCUAUUUCAUUCCUUUUCUAAACACCAGGAUGGGUUCUUGCACCUGGGGCAGAGUGAUGGGGAGGGUUCAGGGCUCUUGGUGUUUCUUUGCCCCAUGUCCUUAUCAAGCCCCAGGGCUGCCAGUGGAGGAUGGGAGCAGCAGGGCCAUGUCCCCCAGCCUUGCUCCUGUCCCCCCCCCGGGGUCACAGCUGCUGCUCUCCGUGUUCCCUGGGUGAUUGAAGGACAUGCUUGCCUGCAGGCUGCUCUAUGCAAAGGGAAGGGGCUGGUGGUGGGGAUUCCUGUUUGAAAAGAGAAAUGCUUCUUUCCCUGCUCCCCCAGCCCCAGGGUUUGCUGCCCUGUCCUGCUCUCGGUGUGCACAGCCCCUCUGUCCGGGUCUGGAGUGAUCCUGCACCCCUCAGGGUGCGGGCAGGACCCCUCCCCGUGGGGUGGGCUUUGCUGGCAGGAGUUCAUCCUGGGGGGACCCAGCCAGCAAGAGGUGGAGGGUCUCCCCCAAGGCUGGAGCUCUGCCUAACACAGGAGAAAGGUCACUGCCUUUGGGUGAUGUUUGCAUCCCCUUUUUGACUCCCUCCGAUAACCCUUUUCCCCUCGGAGGGAGCGGUUACAGCCCUGACUCAGCCCCAUCCCUGCUCAGGAUUGGAGCCAGGGGUACCCAAAGCCCUGGUCCCCCCCUCCAUGUGCCCCAGCUCCAUCCAUCACUGGGUUUGCUGCUCUGAGGCAGCCCCAUGUUAAAAAUCACAUGGGUUACCCCAAAUCCUCAUGUAGGGAAGUGUGACAACCCCUGCGUGUCCCCCUGGGGCUGGAGGAGGGGGAGCACCUUGCUGCUGGGUACCAGCGAGGGCUCCAGAGCCGCCUGCCUCCCUGGGCAGAUGGAUCCGGGGUCGGUGGAACCUGCCCUCUGCUUUCCUGCUGCGGUGCUGGACGUGCCGACAUCGCCUUGGGGGGGUGAA